AGGACGGGAGGCUGCCAUGGAGCCCUGGAGCCGAGUCAGGGUGGCCAAAUGCCAGAUGCUGGUCACUAGCUUCUUCAUCUUGGUAUCAGGCAGGCAGGGUGGGAGCCGGGUGGCAGGGGCACGUUACUGGAUCUCCAGUACUGUGGUCCCCCCGACCCACAGUAGCCUUGCGGUCUCCGUCCUGCCCUGGGGACAUGAGCCUGGGGCCCUUGGUGGUGGACUACUGGCAGGGCGACUGUUCGGGCAGGAUGCCUCCGUGGGCAGUGUCUGUCCUCUGCCAGGAAGGGCAGGGCCUGCAGGAGGCCUGAGGACCUUGGGUGGCUGGUGAAUUGGAGUUGGAGGGCACGCUGUCCCAGCUACUGGGCCUCUCUGUGGCCACCACGGCUGCCCUCACCUACUUUGGGGCCCACUUUGCGGUCAUCCACAACGUAUCCUCCGAGCGGACCCUUCCUGAGGCCACGCAUCUUGGGGAUCCAGGCUCUAUGCACUCGGCACCCCGACCCUCCUCCCUUCUCCCCCCACCAGCCUUCUACAUGAGCAUCACGCUGGCCGGGCUCCUGACCCUGGGGGCCGUGCUGAGUGCCGCAGCCACAGUGAGGGAGGCCACAGGCCUCAUGGCCGCGGGCUUCCUGUGCUUUGCCCUGGUGUUCUGCGUCCUGGUGCAAGUGGCCUUCUGGAGAUUCCACAACCCCACGCAGAUGGAGGAUGCCGUGCUGGACGUCUACGACCUGGUGUAUGACCAGGCGGUGAGGAGCUCGCCCAGCAUCAGGCGGCAAGAGCUGGCGGCCAUCCAGGACACGUUCCUGUGCUGUGGGAAGCCUGCCCCCUCCAGCCUUCCCGGGAACGCGGUGGACACCCUGUGCCGAGGAGAGGCGGCCGAGAGACAGGACUGCCUGCAGAGCAUCAGGAGCUUCCUGAGGACCCACGAGAGCAUCACCUCCACCCUGACCGGCCUUGGCCUGGCCUCCACGGUGUAUGCGAUGCUGCUCAGCUCCUUUCUCUGGUUCGCCAUCCGCUCGGGCUGCAGUUUGGACCGCAGAGGCACAUACACCCUGAGCCCACGAGCCCAUGACUGCCAGCCGCAGGAGCCCAGUGUCUUCAGACGCUGCCAGGUGGGGCCUGCUCCUCAUCGCCCUGCGGAAUCAGACGUGCCUCACCGCGGUCUGGGUCCAAGCGGACGCUCGGGUGGCCCUCGGCUGCUGCAGGACAGCAGACACUCUGUUUCAGCCACCCGCCCACCCUCAGAGGCUAAGUUGGCCGGGCCGGCUGUCAGCUCCCUGAGACCACCUGCAUUUCUUCUCAUGCGUGCCUCCACCCUGCAGUCGACAGGGGGCAUGUGGCACCUUCCUGUGUUCCAGCUUUCUCUGACUUCCCCUCCCGCCGCCCAGAGGACGCCGCCUUCAAAGGCUCACGUGGCCAGUGGCGGCCCGGGACCUCCCUGUCUUAGGGCAAGUCUUCCUGCGCUUGUGGUGAUGUUCUGUUCAGGGGGUUCAGGGACUAAGGGAGGGCCCUGGGCGUGCAUUUUAGAGACUCUGCCACAGCUCCUCCUGCUGGAUACCAAACCCUCUGAUGACCUUGCUAACUGCCCCUGAGGGUUUGCAUCCUUUGGUCAAAAUCCAAAGUCCUGGGUGGAGCAGCGAUUGACCCAGCACAGCUGAUGGGAGAGGGGAGUGUGGGGGCCCUUUUCCCUUCCAUUGAGCCACCCCCACCAAGACCAGCAAAGGCGGUGGUCCUCCAAAAUAAGACGACUGUGUGACAGGCAGCCCCGAAAACAGCGGAGCAGAGACCCUGCCUGCCCAUCACACACACUCUCACACUCAGACUUCCGGGGUGCUCCCACCUAAUACAGAACAAACAGCUCCCCUGCUGAAGGUCCUCAUUCCUAAAGGGAGACACCCCAGCAUCUCAUGGGCCCACCGAGGGGGACCAUCCAGGUUUCUGGGGAUGUCCACCCUCCCCUGGCAGCUCUCAUCAACUCACUAUUCCACAGCUCACAAAGCAAACUAACUGUAAAGGCCAGCGGUGUGUCCUGUGCACAGCGAUGGUGGAAAGAAAAGGAAAUUUUGUUCAUUUCUGCAAAAGUGUGUAGGAUGUGGUGACAAAAGACAUUUCACCUGAAGCCAUGGGCUCUUCCUUCCACUGUCAAGGGGCCGUGACUCGUAUUCACCGCUUGCCCCCUCCGUGGCCAGUCCCCCUCGCUGCAGACAGGCCCCACCACUUGGCCAUUGUGACCUGGGCUCCCCACCAUCCUACCUGUCUUGGAAGACUGGGUGCCAAGGGAGCUAUGGCAGAGAAUCUCAGCAUCGGCCCCAUGCGUGGGGCUCAGCCAUGCCCUUUCCAGCAGGGACCUCUUGGAGCCAGGCCGCUCCAAGCCCUCUUCCCGGCAGCUGACCCCGCGCGUCAUUUCCGAGGCUGCUGAGGAGCACAGGUCCUCCCCCUCGCUGCCGUGGUCUCCCGCCAACCUUCGUUACCAGACGUGGCAGGAGGAGGAAAGGCCUAGGGGAGCCCUAUCCCUGCCACACCCCUAUCUCUCCUCGAUGGGACCACCCUGCCAUCACCAUGGCCCCCAUAGCCUCAACCCGUGGCAUGGGUGCCCCAGUGGGCCAGGUGGCACCCACCGCUUCCAACUCAAGGACAUUAAAAUCUUGUUCUCUGGCCAAAGCACAAAGCAUUCCCUUUUUGGAGACUGCUCUCCACACCAGGAGUGUUGAGGACUGACAGGGCUGAGAGGUAAGCCUUUGUGAAGGGCUCCUGAGCUCUGAUCACCAUAGUGCUGCCUCCCUCCCACCCUGGGGCACCCUGAUUUGGGGGAAAUGGCACGGCUGACAAGCUAGAAGCCAUCUGUGGGACACCACUACAGUCUCGUACCACUGUUUCCAGCCAGAGUCCUAAAUGAUGCCCAAGAAGGCCAGGCCACCACCCUGCAGGGUACCCCCUGGUCCAGUGGACUUGGUAAGGUGGGCAGCCCUCCCACAUCAGUAGGCCCCACCUGAUUUGCAGAGAGCCUGAGGAGAGCAUAAGGCAGGGGAAGGGGGAACUCGGCCAUUUCUGGCCUCACCCCUUGAGCGGGGACACCUCAGCUCACCUUCUCUGGCCUCAGACUGGGACUCACACCCCCGGUCCUCCUGGUCUUCAGCCCUCGGCACCAUCAUGGGGCUUCCGGCCUCCAUGACCGCGGGAGCCAGGUCCUUGGGAUAAGCCUCCUUUCACAGAGAGGCAGGUAAAUAGAUGAUGGAUGGAUGGAUGGAUGGAUGGAUGGAUGGAUGGAUGGAUGGAUGGACGGACGGACAGAUGGAGAUGAUAGACACCUACCCUACUGGCUCUGUUUCCCUGGAGAACCCUAGUGAAUACAGGGUCCGAAGUCAGGGCACCUCCUCCCAGGGCGCAGGCUGGUCUCCUGUGAAGCGAGGUGCCACUGUGCAGUGUAGAGCUGGCUGCCCCUGCGCCAGGCUGGGCUCCUGGCUGUAGGGAUGUCAGGUGAGCCUCGGCAGCUGGGCUGUGGUGGCCGCCCUCCUCCCCCAUGUCUGCUUUGCACAGGCCAGUGGCAGCUUGGGAGGGGGUGGGGAAGAGGCUGCUUGUCUACCACAGGGUUCCAAGAACCUUACAAGGGUCCAGACACCCAACCUCACUGGGCAGUGGAGAGCCACCUGCUACCUGGCCCAGUGGACAAAUGACACCCACCUCAGGAUGGGCAGUUCAGGGUGCCUGAUGCUGCAGGGACAAGGGUUAGUCUCUACCCGAGCCCAGGGAGAAGCCAAAUGCUGAGUCUCAGAGAGAGGAGAGGUCCCUGCUGGAAAGGGCAUGGCUGAGCCCCACGCAUGGGGCCGAUGCUGAGAUUCUCUGCCAUAGCUCCCUUGGCACCCAGUCUUCCAAGACAGGUAGGAUGGUGGGGAGCCCAGGUCACAAUGGCCAAGCGGUGGGGCCUGUCUGCAGCGAGGCCUGGAUGCAGGGGCACCUGUGCUUACACUGCAUCUCUGUCAAGGCUGCACCUCCUUGGGCCACCUGGAUAUAGGUAGAAGGAGAGAAGCAGACACCCAAAGGCAGUCCAUGCUUCCUCCACAUGGCAUUGUGCAGGUGACCAAGAUGCACCCAUCCUCCGCCAGGGAGGGGACAUGCCCAUGUUCGUCACACUGCAGAGCACGAGCCGAUAGCCUCACAGGGCUUACUGCUCACUCUCUGCCAUGUGUGGUUUUUACCAAAGCAGCCCACACCUUCCUCGUUCUUGGCUUCCAUCACCAGCACGUCCUGUGGGGUGGACAAGGUGCCAGGGUCCCUGUGGACUCGGUAAUGGCUGAGAGCCACAAUGCUCAUGUGUUCCCCAUGCCACACUGCUGUCCCUCCCAGGAAGCAGCAAACUGCAUGCUGGGAUGGGCUAAAAGCAGGCAUUCCCUGGCACACUGCCUCUUGCCAGGUGCCAAUGCCUGUACCGAUCAUUUUCUCCAGUGAAGAGUAUCUGAGACUAUGGCUGUCACUCUGUCACCUCCCCACACCCGCCGGAAAUCAAGAUUCCCUUUGACGGGACACAGCUCACAGGCUGAACACCUGAUCCCCGGGCACCUCCAGGGAGGGACUGCCGAGUCACAGGCCAGUGUGUGUCCCCAGUGCUUGCUCUCCUCGGUAGCUUCACCAGCCAUCUGGCUGUGACAUAUCUUGUCCACAAAUUUAAGCCUGUCACCAAUCUGGUAGGUGUGAAAUGGUAUCACAUUAUAUAAUGUCCACCCCUGGCUUAUUAACCAGGUUUUCAUAUGUUCACUGGCCAUUUCUGUUUCCUGUUCUGCGAAAUGCCUUUUGUAUCUUUUACCCAUUUUUAUAUUGGAUCUUAUGUCUUUUACUGAUUUAUGGGAAGGUUU